GUGUUUCCGUGAGCGGUGUGUGUUUCGGUUGAAGGUUGCAUAGAAACGCUUCUUUAUACAAUUUGUUCUUGUUUGUACAUUCAUAGAAUAGCGUAACUUAGCUCGGCUUCUCUCGUCUCGAAUUGUCGCGAACACCUCCCCUUGCCAUUCUAAGGUCUCUAUCGAAUCUUGUAUAUUUUUCUUCUCUAGUCAACAAUCUCGUGAUAUUUACUCUCAUUAGUGUAGAAUUAUUCUAGUCGCCGCCGCUACCGUCGCCGCAGCCAUCGACCGCGACGAUAGCGACAACUCUGACGUUGACGACCUUAACGACGACGUUCCGACGCCCUUAAGUUAAAGCAGUAGAAGUAAAACCUCAGUCACACAAUCAGCUGUGGGAAUUUUAUUUGUCUUGCUUUUGAUUUAGAUUUAGUUUGUUUUAAGUGAUGAUGGAUCGUGUUAGCAGUGAGGAACGUAUCACUGCUAGCCCCAAAUCCAGCAAAGGGAGCAGCAAUAUCUUCAGUGGAUUAUGGCCAAAGCGAUCGACCAAAGUCGAACCCCAUCCGGUGCUGGACAAGCGUGAUGCGAACCAUUUGAGCGUCGACGAUGCGAGCACAGUGCCACAUGAUGUUUCCUUUGCCAAGUGCUCGCCCGAAAAACUCGGUAACCGCAGCAACAACAUCCACAACAACAACAACAACAACAAUAAUGAUACCAAUGCAAUAACUAGUGUUAAACGUAGAAUUAAAAACCGUCCACUUAGGAAUAAGUCGAGUCGAGGCAGUUCGUCGAGCCACAGCGCCGAUCACAAUCGAUUUAGCCAUCAAUUCAGUUUGUGUUGCAAAGUCGAUCGGAAGCCGAUGACACCGCCGGUGAGUGUGCGUUAUAAUUCACUGCCAGAUGCGGGUUGUUUGAAGCGCGACAAUCUCACUCUGAAUCUCGAUGCGAAUGCAAUGGCAGCAGAGCCCAUUUCGGAGUGUAAUAGUGCCCCAGAGACGCCGAUGAACGGGAAGCUCAUGCAGUCGUUCAACAAUUCACACAGUUCUCCGUCGAAUUCUUCGGUGAAGAGUACGCAGAGUGAGUGUAAUGUUCCUCGGUCGAUUGCUAUAACUGCGUGUAGAUCACGACUCAGGUUGAAGCUACUUCCUCCUGGAAAGGAGCUGGUUAAUGAAGUGCAACACAUGUCCUCGCCAAAUAUCUCAACACAGCCUGAGGUGGGAGCAGCGGAGGAUGUUUCGGAUGGAGUGCGCUCGUGGUCGCACGAUAAUAUCCCCCUCCAAAGGAUGGAAAAGCAACAGCAACAAAUGCAGCAGCAGGGAGGAGGUAGUGGGUCAGGACUAGCCCGGCAGGCUCUGAUGGCUGCCCAGGUUCUGAGUUUGAUUCCAACAGAGAAAGCUAGAGAUAGGAGUUAUUUGGAUGGACGAUUGGGUUCGUCAACACUCCUGGGUCCAAGUGAACUGGAACGAGUGCUGCCACACAAAGAAGUCACUAUUUUUGUUGGCACAUGGAACAUGAACGGCCAGAGUCCACCCAAACAAAUGAAUGAUUUUGUUCUUCCUGCGACCAUGGAAAAUGUCCCCGACAUCGUUGCUGUCGGCACUCAAGAAACUUGUCCCGAACGUGUUGAAUGGGAAGUGACAUUACAAGAAACCCUCGGACCAUCUCACGUGCUCUUUCAUUCGACCACUCUAGGAACCCUCCAUCUUGCCAUUUUCAUGCGACGUGAUUUAAUUUGGUAUUGUUCAGCACCCGAAGAUGCCAGUAUGUCAGUACGGCCUGGAACUGCUUUUCGCACAAAAGGAGCAAUAGCUAUAUCGUUUUGUUUAUUCGGAACCUCCAUGCUUUUUGUUACAUCCCACCUGACGGCUCAUCAACAAAAAGUCAAAGAACGGGUGUCGGAUGUUAAGAGAAUUAUUCAUGCCCUAGAUUUGCCAAAAAACCUUCAAUUACGACAUAAGAACAAAGAUGUCACCCAAAAUUUCGAUAAUGUCUUUUGGUGUGGUGAUCUCAACUUCAGAUUAGGUGAACCUCGAGAGAAGCUAUUGGAAUGGAUUCAGAAUACAAAAUUCCCGCUGCCAUCACACUUGCCACAUGGUUAUAUGCACACAGAUCAGUUGUCGUCGGUUUUGGCCGAUGGAGCUGCAUUUCGGGGAUUCAUGGAAGCCAAUAUUACAUUUCCGCCAACUUAUAAGUACGAUCCAGGUACUCAACAGUUUGAUACGUCAAGUAAACAGCGAGCUCCAGCUUACACCGAUCGCAUCCUGUAUAAAUUUCGACAGACCCAGGGCCUUGCAAUUCGUAGAUCGAGUAAUUUUGCAGCAGCAGCUGGACAACCAGCAGCCUUGGUGGAGUGUCUGUCUUAUGACUCAGUGCCUUCGAUAACAUCGUCGGACCAUAAACCUGUUUGGGCUCUCUUCAAGACCUCCAUUCGUGCCGGAACUGAUUCCAUUCCACUUGCAGCUGGGUUAUUCAAUCGUGAUAUCUAUAUUCAGGGAAUGAAGCGUCGUCUCAACAACCAGUAUACUGGUUCCUCUGCUGUCUGUUCAGUACAAUAAUUUCCUCUAGCCACAUCUAUCAAUCUAU